AUGAUCAUUCCAGAAGCUGGGUCUGGGUACCUUAGAGCUUGGCACCAUUCACAAUGUCCCAAAAAAAUGAGCUGUCACACCAUUGCUUCCCAGAUUUUGGUGGCCAGCUGGCAUUCCUUUGAGUCCUCCGAGCAAAGGGGAGACCUACAUGUGUUUUGUUUUAUUUUGAUCAAAGAAAUCCAGCUGUGGCAGAACAGGUUCCGUGAUCUGUAUCUAAAUGUCAGUCAACAGAGAGGAAAGACCCUUUUCCUUAAAGCUUUUCAAGCUGAACCAGCCUUGCGUGGAUGGCUCUUCUCCCACCAGAACAGAAUCGCGCUAGUUGGCCUUGAGUAA